AUGGGCAAGAUUGCAUCCAUGGAGUACUUCCGCGUCCCCCCGCGCUGGCUUUUCGUCAAGAUUACCGACGACGCCGGCAACACAGGCUGGGGCGAGGCCACCCUCGAGGGCCACACACAGGCCGUCGAGGGCUGUCUGGACGCCUGGUUCGACCGGUACAUUGGCUUCGAGGCCGAUGACAUCGAGCACAUCUGGCAAAUGUGCUGGCGGACGUCCUUUUACAGGGGUGGGCCUGUGUUCAUGAGCGCUUUGGCUGGUAUUGAUAUUGCGCUGUGGGAUCUGAAGGCUCGCAAACUUGGUGUGCCCAUUUAUCAGCUGCUGGGGGGCAAGGUCCGUGACAAGCUCAGAGUAUAUGCUUGGAUCGGAGGUAAUCGUCCAAGUAAUGUGGCAGAGGAAGUAAAAGCAAGAAAGAGCCAAGGCUUCAACUGCAUCAAGAUGAACGGAACUGAAGACUUAGGCUGGCUGGACUCCCCCUCCGCCCUAGACGCCUGCGUCGAAAGAGUCAAAGCAGUGCGAGACCUAGGCCUGGACGCCGGCGUCGACUUCCACGGCCGCGUGCACAAGCCCAUGGCCAAACAACUCGUCAAGCUCCUCGAGCCGCACCAGCCUUUAUUCGUCGAGGAGCCGCUGCUCUCCGAGCACCUCGCGGGCAUCAAGACCCUGGCCGACCAGACCAGCGUGCCCAUCGCCCUGGGCGAGCGCCUCCACAGCAGGUGGGACGUGAAGCCCUUUCUCGAGGCCGGGUGCGUCGACAUCCUGCAGCCGGACAUCUCGCACGUCGGGGGCAUCUCGGAGCUGAAGCGCAUCGCGGCCAUGGCGGAGGCGUACGAUGUCGCCCUGGCGCCGCACUGUCCCCUGGGCCCCAUCGCCCUGGCUGCGAACUGCCAGGUGGAUCUGACCUGCCCCAACUUCGCCAUCCAGGAGAUGAGCCUAGGGAUUCAUUACAAUGCCGGGGCGCAGGACCUGACGAGCUAUACCAAGAACCCCGAGGUGUGGAAUGUCAAGGAUGGGUAUAUCGAGAUGCUGACGGGGCCUGGCCUGGGCAUCGAGGUGGACGAAGAGCAGGUGAGGGCCUUGUCCAAGGGCGCUGCGGCGUGGGUGAGCCCCGGUUUUAUUGGGCCAGGUGGGGAGAUUCGGGAGUGGUGA